AUGUCAACCCAUACCAGUCAAGGACCUGCUCAACUAGCCUUCAAUUUGGCACUCGUGGCCUACGACUACAAGUUUGAAGAAAGAAAACCGAAUCAGCUUCUAAGCGUCCGCCACUUUGUCAAGCAACCACAAAUUUCUGGCCUUCUGGCACAAGGGACAAGCAACAUAGUAGUACCUAGGAUCCAACCUAGCGAGGAGGAAAAGUCGCAACGUGAUGACUCGAUUGUGGGAGUUUGGGUCGGUAUGAGACCGUCCUGGGUUGACCAGAACCUGAACGACAACACCGUUAAGGCAGGCAAAGGCUCGAGUGUGAGCUCGAACAAAGGCUUCCCUCUGGUCCAAUUCGACAAGACUGCAUUGAGAGUGGUUGUUCCCUUGGGAAAAAAGACCGCCAACUACUAUUCUCUCGUCAAUCCGAUGCAGGGACUAUGUACUGCAUAUCAUAAGCCAAUUGAAGAGGUUUUCUUCUUUCCGGAAUUCAGAGACGAUGCUGCCACCUCAGCACAUGCUCGCCGGGAAAGUUGGGAAAGAAGGCACGAGACGCGUGCUAGAUCAGUCAACUAUAGAGACGAUUUCAAGAGACUUGCACUAGCAGAAACCAGGGUAUUAUUAUCGAUCGAGUCACACAUUGGGGAUCUAAUUCAAGCUUUGAGGGACGGGCAAGACAAUGACACUGAUAUGGAUACCUUCGUGGAGAUUCUUGAGAGGUCUCAAGGCUUGCUACGGAAGGACAUUACGGUAUUACAGGAGCUCGGUGGGAGCAUACUGGAUAAGGAUGAAGAUACGAGUGGAGAUGAGGAUGAGGUCGAGGAUGAGGAUGACGAAUGA